UAUUUUAUAUGAUAGAUUAUUUUAUUUAAACCUUAUUCUGAUACACGAAAUUUUAGAAUGAUCUUAUCUGUAGGGCGAGGCGGGAUACUUUUUUGACUUUGUUGAUGUCAAUCGAAAUAAACUAUUGUGACAUUCGAAGUUUACUAUUGAGUAGUAUACAAAUUUCGUAAAUUGAAUCCCGGUGAGGCAAGGUGAAAGAAAGGAAAUAGUUUCCUUCAUUACUACACACCGUAUUCACUCCUCAUAAUGCCACCUGAUUCUAAAAGAGAAGAAUUUCGAAAAUACCUUGAAAGGGCAGGGGUUAUGGAUGCUCUUACAAAGGUACUUGUGUCUUUGUACGAAGAACCAGAAAAACCUGAAGAUGCAUUAGAAUAUAUCCGUCAAAAUUUAGGAGGAAUUACCGAAGUUGAUAUUGAAAUGGAAACAUUAAAAAAAGAAUUGGAAGAAGCUAAAGCUCAAAUUGUUACAUUAAAGGAAAAACUGGUAAAAUAUGAACCAACUGAAGCAAAAUUGAACGCAAUUACAAACAUAGACUCUAGUUUGUAAUUAAAGUAUAAAAAGCAGGAUAUGAUAAAUUAGAAAGUAAAGCUCAAAUCAAAUUUUGUUUGAUGUGAUAUUUCUAAUAACAAAUGUAUUAUUUUUUUUAUACAAAUAGUGUAUAUCUUUUUUAUUUUGCAAAAAAUAUCAAACUUAAAUCAACUAAGGUUAAUAUAAUAAAUGUGAUAAGAAAUCCUAUUGUAGGUACAUAAAACAACAUAUUAAGUUAGAAUUCAGAUGUAUUUG